GAUGCAUAAUUCUUCGGUUUUUGGCAGGUGAUCUAUAUGUUCAAGCGCAGAAAAUGUUUGACAGCUUCAUGUAUUUAAAGCUGCUAAAAGUUCUAGAUGUGGGGAUCAAACAAACCAAGAUUGCAAAUAGCAACUUUGAAGCUGAUUAUGUAUGUAAUUGCAUUCCGGCUAGGGCCAUCUUCCACCAUUGCAGCGCACUAUACUUGAGAUUCUACCAAUCGUAUGCCCAGCUAAUCAUAUUGCUACAAUGUGGCCCCCUUUCCUUGGGAAACUAAUGGAGUAUCUUCCAGGAUGUGAUUCUUCCAUUGGCGAAAUUGAUGAUGGAGAUGAAGGAAACAGGCCAAGUGUCCCAACACAUAUGUUCUCCGAGAAACUUAUUCCUGUACUAGCAGAUCUUUGCGUGCAAGCUCCAGCUGCAGUGAAGUAUGACGUUUUCCCUGACAUUAUUCAUGUUUUAGGAAGUACACCGUUGAGUCUUCGCUGCAAUGACGGAGCCUUCAGCCAUGGACGCAGAAUGCCCAGCAGCUUCAAGCCCAAAGUGGGAAUGGUUUUUGAGAAGCUUGAAGAUGGUAUUUCGUUCUACAAGAACUACACGCUGUUGGCAGGUUUUGACAUCCGCAUGGGUACGUCUACAAAGUCUCCAGAUGGUGUAAAUGAGUCAGUUGGCGGUUAUAAUAACAUAGGCGCCACAGCAAUUGAUUUCAAGAACUUCAAACGAGACCUUAAGGCAUAUGUUGCGGGUGGAGAUGCACAAAUGAUCAUCGACAAAAUGUUUCGAAGACAAGAAACAUGUCCUGCAUUUCGUUUUGCAUAUGAUGUUGAUGAAACGGACCAACUUACCUGAUUAUUUUGGUGCGAUCCCGUUGCUAGGAAAAAUUGGGCUCUGUUUGGUGACGUUCUCUCUUUUGACGCUACGUAUGAGACUAACAGGUACAACAUGGUGUUCACUCCAUUCACAGGCAUCGAUAAUCACCAUAAGUGUGUUACAUU